AAAUCACUUCCUGUUUAGAGCUUAGGUAAGGUUUUACGCACUCUCGGUUUGUAGUCAGUUCAACGUAUUUUCAUUCAGCAGAAUCACCGAACCGGGCCACAAAAGUUCCAUUUUUAACUCGAUAACACCUUCAAAACUGGACAGUCAUGGCCUGGGCAGAGAGGAGAGGUCUGAUGGUGCUUCGUGUAUCCUUCUCUUUGCUAGUCCUCAGGCAAGCAGCAUCAGUCACACCACCACCCGUCCAGGAAUAUGAGACUAAGGUAAUUGUCUGUGAGAGUCAGUCGACUGAAAUCAAUUGUGAAAAUAGCCUUAUCAACAUUUGCACUGCUGUCUACGGACGAACGGACAAGACAACCUGUCCUGACGACCAAGUAUCAGACACGACUUGUGGAGUAGACGUAGUGGCUGUUCUCGAUCGAGAUUGUAACGGCCAAUCGCAAUGCACCGUUAUAGCAUCGAAUGAUCUUAAUGGUGAUCCGUGCAAGGGAACAUAUAAGUACCUUGAGAUAGCCUACACAUGCACAGGUAACGUUUUUCUCUCAACUUUUAAUUCACAUUAAUUUAAACAAAAGCCCACAUCUUUAAUACAAUCCGUGACUAUGCAACUAAUGAAUAACGCCAUUUAAAAUGUUCCGAAUUCAUCCUACCUCGUUUGACUUUUACUUUAAAUAAAUCUCCAGACACCGGCACAUACACAUUAAAGAAAUUAUGAAGAGAAGAGAAAAAAGCAACAGCAACGUAACAAAAUGUAGAA